AUGAUUCUAUCUAUCUAUCUAUCUAUCUAUCUAUCUAUCUAUCUAUCUAUCUAUCUGAGUCUGUACAUAUCUAUCAUAGUUCUAUUCAAAUCUAUCUAUCUAUCUAUCUAUGUUAUGUAUCUAUCUCAGUCUGUUAAUAUCUAUCUAUCUAUCUAUGUUUAUAAAUUUAUGCCUUUUUAUGUAUGUAUGUAUGUAUGUAUAUAUGUAUGUAUGUAUCUAUCUAUCUAUCUAUCUAUCUAUCUAUCUAUCUAUCUAUCCCAUCACAAAUUAUGUGUGUGCUUUUACAUCUAUCUAUCUAUCUAUCUAUCUAUCUAUCUAUCUAUCUAUCUAUGUCUUUUUUCAUCUCUCUCUCUUUCUCACUAUCUCUUUAUCUAUGCCUAUGUAUAUAGAUCUAUCUGUCUAUCUAUGCUUAUUUAUGCAGGUAUGGAGGUAUCUAUCUAUCUAUCUAUCUAUCUAUCUAUCUAUCUAUCUCUCUCUCUCUCUCUCAUGUAUGGAGGUAUCUAUCUAUCUAGCUAUGUAUCUAUCUAUCUAUCCCUACGUCUAUCAAUUCGGCUCUGUCUAUCUAUCUAUCUAUCUAUCUAUCUAUCUAUUAGUCUGUUCAUAUCUAUCUAUCUAUCUAUCUAUCUAUCUAUCUAUCUAUCUAUCUAUCUUUUAUCGCAUUUUCUCUCUUCGUCACACCUCUUCCUCUACUCCCACUUUCUCUUUUCUCUUCCUCCUUCUCUAUCUCUGUCUGUCUUUCUGUCUGUCUCUCUCGACAUGAUUUUACGAUGUCGCUACCGGCAGCAUCAUAUAUACCCGCGAUUUGGGGCCGUCAGUAAGUCAGUCAGUCUGUCUGUCUGUCUAUCUAUCUAUCUAUUAGUCUGUUCAUAUCUAUCUAUCUAUCUAUCUAUCUAUCUAUCUAUCUAUCUCUUUUAUCGCAUUUUCUCUCUUCGUUGCUCCUCUUCCUCUACUCCCACUUACUCUUUUCUCUUCCUCCUUCUCUAUCUCUGUCCUCCUUCUCUAUCUAAGAAAUGCUUUUUUUUUCUCUCUCUCUUUUUUCUUUACUUCUUUCUUUCUCGCUUUCUUAUUUUCUUUCAUUCUUCUUUCUUUCUUUUAUUCUUUUGUUAUUUUUUCUUUCUUUUUUUCAGUCGUUCUUUUUCUUUCGUUCAUUCUUUUCUUCUUUCUUUCUUUCUUUUGAGUAUUUCUUCUUUUGUCUUUCUCACUAGCUUUUUCUUUCUUUCUCUCUUUCUUAUUUUCUUUCUUUUAUUAUUUUUUCAGUCGUUUAUCCUUUUCAUUUCUUUUCUUUCUUUCUUUAAUUCUUUCUUUCUCUUUUUCUUUCUUUCUUUCUUUCUUUCUUUCUUUUCUUUCUUUCUUUCUUUCUUUCUUUCUUUCUUUCUUUGGUUUAACCUUAGUUAUUUAUUAGGUCUACCUUUCUUUCUUUCUUUCUUUUCAUUUCUUUUCUUUUCAUUUCUUUUCUUUCUUUCUUUCUUUCUUUCUUUCUUUCUUUCUUUUUUUUUUUUCUUUGGUUUAACCUUAGUUUUACUUUCUUUCUUUCUUUCUUUCUUUCUUUCUUUCUUUCUUUCUUUCUUUCUUUCCGAAAAUAACUUGACGUUUUACUAUUAUUAUUUUACUAGUGACUGGCAGAAUUAUUAUUAUUAUUAUUAUUAUUAUUAUUAUUAUUAUUAUUAUUCUCCUCCUUUUUCAUUCUUCAUCUUCUUCACCUUCUCUUCCUCCUCUUUCUCUUCUACUUCCUUUUUCUCCACUCCUCCUUCAUUUUCUCAUCACAAUUUUUUGUCUUCCCAUCAUUCUUCUUCUUCUUCUUCUUCUUCUUCUUCUUCUUCUUCUUCUUCUUUCCUUCCUUUUUCUUGUUUUUCUCCUUCUUAUUUUCCCCUUCUUCCUCCUUCUUCUCCCCUCCUUCUUCUCCCCUUCUUCUUUCCUCCUCAUUCUUCUUCUUCCCCCUCCUCCUCCUCCUCAUCAUCAUCAUUCUUCUUCUUUCCUUCCUUAUUCUUCUUUUCCUCCUCCUCCUCCGUCUUUUCCCCUUCUUCCUCCUUCUUCUCCCUCUCUUUCUUCUUUCCUUUUCAUUCUUCUUCUUCUUCCUCCUCCUCCUCCUCCUCAUUCUUCUUCUUCUUCUUCUUUCCUUCCUUAUUCUUCUUUUCCUCGUCCUCCUUCUUUUCCCCCUUCUUCCUCCUUCAUCUCCCUCUCCUUCUUCUUUCCUCCUCAUUCUUCUUCUUCUUCUUCCUCCUCCUCCUCCUCCUCAUUCUUCUUCUUCUUUAUUCUUCUUUUCCCCUCCUCCUUCUUUUCCCCCUUCUUCCUCCUUCUUCUCUCCCUCCUUCUUCUUUCCUCCUCCUUCUUCUUCUUCUCCUCCUCCUCUUCUUCCUCUUCCCUCCUCCUCUUCCUUCUUUCAACACGCGAGGGGGGAUCGUGUCUCUCUACAAUUUCCUAUCCUUUGCCUCUCUUAGUAAGCUUCGUCCUUUCUCUCCCAAUCCCUGUUCUACUCUCUGA